AUGAUAUUAUACCCCAACAACACAAACCAAGAUUUUCAGGUGUCACCUUCUACUCUCCUUUUCUAUACCUGUGGAGCUACACUUGUCGUCUUGACCGUCUGUGGAAACAUGCUUGUGAUCAUCUCUAUCUCACACUUCAAGCAGCUCCACACACCAACAAACUUCUUAAUUGUUUCACUUGCUACAGCUGAUCUGAUUGUUGGCACAGCUGAUGUGCCAUUUCAGUUGGUGUUCAAGAAUCCAGGUACUACAAAGUAUAGAGAGACUUUUCCUAGAGAACAUUCAGAGAGGAAAGCUGCCACGAAACUUGGGAUUCUUGUCAUUGUGUUUGUCAUGUGUUUAUUGCCAUAUUUUAUAAUUAACUUUGUCUCUGUAUCCUGA